GGAGCCGCCCAAUGGGAGGGCGGGUUGUUGUGUUGCAGUUGGCCGGCUGCUGUGAGAGGCAGAGGCGGCGGCGGCGGCGGCUCCUGGAGCAGGAAGGGGACGGUGGCGGUGACAGGUAGGCGCCUGCUGAGCGGCCGAGGAACUCGACGCGGCCGACGCGAAUGGGUGGUUCCCUCCUCGGCCGAGUGAAAGAGAGCGCUCCGCGCUGGAGGGACUGGACCGAGAGAGAGGGUCGGGGAGCCCGAAGGGUCGUCAGUCAGUCAGCUGCUUCCGAGCGUCUGGCUGCCCAGGAAAGACGAGACGCUUGAGCUUUGGGUAUCAACAUUAGGAGACUGAGAGACUAUUUUAAAGUUCAACAAAUGUAUUCCACACUUGAAAUCUGCUGCUUUCUUCUACCACCACCUCCUUUAAAGGUCUGACUUCUUAAACAAGAGAUAAAAGAGGAAUCAAAGGUAUAGGAAGAUGUUGGGAUCUGAACGUGGUGUAGUAGAAGAAUGGCUCUCAGAAUUCAAGGCAUUACCUGAAACUCAGAUCACCAACUAUGCAGCAACUCUGCACAGGAAAAAAACACUGGUACCAGCUCUCUAUAAAGUCAUUCAAGACUCAGAUAAUGAGCUCCUAGAGCCUGUCUGUCACCAGCUUUUUGAGCUAUAUCGUAGUUCUGAAGUUCGGCUCAAGAGAUUCACUCUACAGUUCUUACCAGAAUUGAUAUGGGUUUAUUUACGACUUACUGUUAGCCGAGACAGACAGAGUAAUGGUUGUAUAGAAGCACUGCUACUAGGGAUCUAUAAUUUGGAAAUUGCUGAUAAAGAUGGAAACAAUAAAGUGCUAUCUUUCACCAUCCCUUCUUUAUCCAAGCCUUCAAUAUAUCAUGAGCCCUCAACUAUUGGAUCCAUGGCCUUGACAGAGGGAGCAUUGAGUCAACAUGACCUCAUUAGGGUAGUUUAUAGUGAUCUUCAUCCUCAGAGGGAAACGUUUACUGCACAAAACAGGUUUGAGGUCCUGAGUUUUCUUAUGCUCUGCUACAACUCAGCUAUUGUUUAUAUGCCUGCCUCCUCUUAUCAGGCACUGUGCCGCAUGGGUUCCAGGCUUUGCGUGAGUGGGUUUCCACGGCAGAAUGAAAAGCACUGGAAAGAACCUUGUGGCCGAGUAGUAUUGGAUCCUGAAUUUAUGGUGCAGCUUCUAACAGGUGUCUAUUAUGCCAUAUAUAAUGGACAGUGGGAUCUUGGCCAAGAAGUACUGGACGACAUUAUUUACAGAGCUCAGCUAGAACUUUUUUCUCAACCACUACUGGUUGCUAAUGCCAUGAAGAAUUCAUUGCCAUUUGAUGCUCCUGAUUCUUCACAAGAAGGUCAGAAAGUACUUAAAGUAGAGGUCACACCCACAGUGCCAAGGAUUUCUCGGACUGCAAUCACAACUGCUUCAAUUCGUCGUCAUCGAUGGAGGCGUGAAGAUGGCUUUGACUUCUCAAACGAGGCUGACUCGAGUAUUCCUGGCUCCCCGAUCCAACACGGCUCCACAGACCUAGGGAUCAAACGUGUGCAAGAGGGGGAGGUGCUGAUGCGCAGGACCCCUGAGCAUGGCUCGCCGGAGCCCACCUUGGCAGCAGCCACAACAGAGGGUGCUGAGGGUGUAAAUGGAGGAGAGGAGUCUAUGAACCUGAAUGAUGCAGAUGAAGGAUUUUCAUCAGGGGCUUCCCUCAGCAGUCAACCAGUUGGGACCAAACUAUCAUCCUCCUCUCAGAGAGGAAGCUUAAGGAAAGUAGCAAGCGGGCGUUCUGCCAAGGAUAAAGAAAUAGCUUCUGUCACUAAAUCCAGCGAGAGCCCUCGAGAGUCAGUAGCUCGUAAGCAGUACAUACACCAGCCAACUGACCUUAGUGUAGAUUCCAUUGAGUUGACACCUAUGAAGAAACACCUGAGCCUACCUGCUGGCCAGGUGGUGCCAAAAGCUAAUAGCUUGAGUUUGAUCCGGACGGCCAGUGCUUCUUCAAGUAAAUCGUUUGACUAUGUGAAUGGCAGUCAAGCCAGUACAAGCAUUGGGGUUGGCAUUGAAGGAGUUACUAAUUUAGCAGGUAGCAAUGCCAAUCGAUUUUCAACUAUCAGUCUACAGGAAGACCGGCUAGGUCAAGCUGGGGAAGGUAAAGAUCUCCUCAGCCCAGGAGUCCCCCUAACUAAGCAGUCUCGCUCCCCAAGCUUCAAUAUGCAGCUGAUAUCACAGGUGUAGUUUUGAAAGUUCUACUUCCUUCUCUUUCUGCUUAUCUUUUAAAACCAAACAUUUCAUUGUACAAGAAGAAACUUCAUGCCACAGUCUGAAACUACUGAUCAUUGUAAUCAGAUUUUAUUUGGUUUAGGUAUCGUCAUACUGUAUUUUGUACUGAAACAGCAAUAAGAUUUUCUUUCCCUUCCUAUUCUUCCUCUCUGCCCCGCCUUCCACAAAUGUAUUUGUGAAGCAGUAUAAAAUGUAUGCCUUUUUCAUGCCUUUCUCCUUGGGUGAUGUGCAAUUCAUUGUAGGCUGAUCGGUCCCAUUUCAGCACUGUGAGACUGCAGAGACAAUAGAGGAAAUGGCGUAUGUGAUCCCUAUGAAAUGAUUCUUUGGCUUUGUUAAGAAGUAGAAACGGGUUCUCUCAGUGUACAGAACUAUGAAAACUACUGGAUCAUUUUUUUCUCAAAACCAGGAGUGCCUCAGAGAUUCUACUAUGACUUUGGACUUCUCUGAGUUUGUGCAAUCUUUUGUUUCUCUGUUUUUCUUUCUUUUUUUCUAUCUUUCUUUUUUUAAGUAUGGGAAAAAGAGGUUGGAGGUAAGAGAUCAGACCUGCUCCUACCAGUCUGCUGCACUUUUUUCAUUAAAAUGAGGGUAGCUCUUUUCCCCCAACUUUUUUACUCUGAAAAGUUAAACAUUUAGUCACUGAAACAUUCAAACCAAGUUUGGUCUUCUCCAUUGCAGAGAAGGCUCUAAGUUUAUUGUGUAGAUGGUAAUGCACUUUUAAUGGCUUUAUAGCCAUAUUUAAUGUAAUGUCUUCCCUCUUUCCCACCAGGACAUAAAGGGUUAUUCUGUCAGUAGGUUAAAGUUUGAAACAAGUUUGAAACAAGUCCAAGAAUCCAGAUAGGGUAUCCUAUUUCCUAGACAUGAUGAAUAGUUCUUGUUUCUGAAUUGUUAAUUGAUUCAAACAACUGCAUCUUCAGGUAAACAGAGGAAUUUCUCAAGUCAUAUUCAGUGAUACCAGUUUAUUAGUAAAGCCCUCUCAGCUGCUUUCUAGGUGUGCCUAAAUUCAGUCAAAUAUUUUGGAUUAAGAAAUACACAGUCCUGACAGAUUUUAUAUUUGAUAGAGGUACAUCAGGAACAGAAAAUUUGCUUGGGGGCAUCACUGAAGCUUCAGUGUGACACAUUUUAUAAAACAAUUUCCCACCAGGGGAUAUUGAAAUGUUUUCUGCUAAAAGGACCAUACUACCUUUUUAUUCAUUAGUCAACUGCAGUUUGUGAACAUGUUCAACAUUCAUUUGAAAGUAGCUUCCUCAUCCUUAGAAAAUUUUGAAAUCAUGUCAAUGAGCUAGAUGGUAAAUGUAUGACUAGCUUUUGGAAAUUGUGUAAGAGGCUUCAAAAAUGUAUCAUUCUGAAUAUCAGUUCUGAUUUGAAGAAUUAUCUUAGAGAUUACAUAGCCUCCCUGAGUCUUUUGGCUCUGAUAAUUAAAAUAGAAGGGAGCAUACUGCCUUUAGAAAAUAAACACACACACACACACACACACACAUAUCUGUUACUGUACUGUCUUGGAAUCACAUAAGUUAUCUUCCCAUAAAACAUAUCAACGCUAAUGUUGCUCAGUUUUUUUAAGGCACUUUUCAUUGAUGCUGUGGAAAAAAUGUUUUGGGGAAUUUGUUGAAAAUAGAUUUUUCUCUUAAAAUUUAAAAAAGCUGUAAGAAUAAUUCUAGAAAUUGAAAUUAUAUUAGAAUUUGAUAAAUAUAAGCGCCAGGAAGGGCUCCUAGUUCUUCCAUUUUUUUAUAAAAAGAAUCCUUUAAUUUUGAUGGUAAAGGAUUUCCUUUUAAACAGUUACUAGAACAAUUGGAUUCUUAUUUCAAGGUAAUGAUUCUGUAAUGUUUUCAGUUCAUAUGCAGAUUGGCAAGUUAGAAUCAAAAACAUUUAUACCAUUGCCAAAGCCCAGUGGUAAUAUAGAUUUUAUAUAUACACAUCUGUAUAUGUACAUACAUAGAUGUAUAUGUAUAGUAUGUGUAUGUAAAGAUAUAAAUAAAGAUCUCAUAUUUUAGUUAGGCAUAACUUUUUUUUACAAAAUUGGUCCAUAAAAAUACCAGAGAAAUAUAGAGAAGUGAAAAACAUCUGAAAUAAAUGAGAAGGCAGAAUUUUGAUCAUAUUAAAAUUUCAUGUAUGAAAGGAGGGGGGAGCACUUGUAAAUUACUGGAAGUGGUGAAUGACUUUUGCAGAGACAUCUAAUUUCUUUUUUUUUUUGAGACAUCUCAUUUCUUCAAAGAGCAAAAGGUUUGUCUUCUGUAAAAUUCAGUAAUUCCACAAGCAUUUAUUGAGUACCUUCAAGCACAAAAUUACCAAGUAUAAAUAGUAUAAAACUCCAAAGCCCUCCCCCCCUUUUUUGUUUAAAAUCCAAGAUGUAUGUAUGUAUGUUUGUAUGUAUAUGUGUGUGUAUAUACAUAUAUGUAUACAAACACACACAUAUAUAUAUAAAAUUUGGUUUUGGAAAAAAUUACAAAUACUUUGGGGAUAUACGUCUACCUAUGUACACUCAGUGUACACAUGCAUAUUAAUUAUGCCCAUUGGAAUGUCAUACUCUUGAUGAAUAGUUGCUUUCAUCAUGUCCUUUUAUUUACUACAAUUUGACUCUACUUUUGAAACAUUUCAAUGAAUUGAAACUAGAGAUUCAGGUUGUUAACAGCAAAUUUGUUUGUAAAGUGGCAUUAUCGUUGAAUUGUUUAGGAAAAAGUCUUAUGGCUUCUAGUACAGGUUUUUGGAUGAUCAUUUGGAUUAUUUGUUGGCACUUUUUUCUUGAAGUAGUGCCUUUUUGUAUAUACAAUUGUUGAUCUACAAGCAUUUGGAAAUCUCUAUUCAUGCAUUUUUAUUAUAUAAUAAAUUCAUUCUAGACAAGCUAUUCAUAAUUUCCAUAAAGUGUCUUACAGAUCACUACAAGAAAUAUACCCUUAAAUGUGUCACUAAAAUCUGAAUUCAGCCAAUCUAUGGUAAAGCUAUUAAGGAAUGAAAUGCCAGUUUUCUGUAAUAAAGUAGAUUUUCAUUGAUGUUGUCCAUGUUAGAUCAAGAUUUGGCAAAGUGCCUGAAGGGAAAUGAAAUAUGCAUAGAGUUAGGACAAUUCAUUCUAAGGCCAUGUUAAAACAGCUUUAUGACACUAAAAAGAAACUUGAUGAGAAGCAAAAUAAAGUAUACAAUGAAAAGUUGCCUUUUGGGGGUAAAUUAUAAAAAUUUUUGUUAAGAUAAGCUGCUCUUUGUUGGUGGUGGGGAGAUUUUAACAUGAAGCUUUUGUUUUUCCUUAGCUUAUUCCACUGUACAUAUGUAUUGUAGAAUCAUGGGAUUUUACAGCUAGAAGGACCUUGAAGAUCAUCUAGUCAAGUGCAACCCUCUCUCUCCCUUUAUAGUUGGGGAAGCUGAAGCUCAGAGACAUAGUGGUUUGCCUAAUGUCACACAGCUGAUGAAAGCUAGGACUAAACCUAGGUCUCCUGUCUCUUAGGCCACUUCUUCCUACUAUACUAGGCACUUUUACAAUACAUGUGGUAUAUAGCAUCAAGCAACCCUGAUCCCUUCAGCUCCUUUAUGCUAUUAUAUGGUACAACAUUUAAAGGAAAAGAUAUGCAAGCAAAAUGUAGAUCAAAUCAUUUUUCCACAUGUGGUUGAAUACAACGUACACAUAAGUGCUGAAAAUGUAGGUAUCUUUGUACACAUAAGGUAGUUUUAAUGCAUCAUGUCAUAAUUUCUACCACAUUUUACUCAAAUGCUUCCAUUUUAGAUAAUUUUUGUGAGGUUUUAUUUAAAGGUAAAGUAACUCCCACUGAAAUGACUUAAUCAGUAUUUUUGUUAUUCAAAUUUUACAGAAGUACCAAAAUGGCAAAUUAAUUACAUGUCCAAUUGAAUAUUGCAAAUAAGAACUAAAGUACUGAACUUUCUGUUCCAUUCCUUUUUUUAUGUUUAAGAGAUUACACUUAAUAUUACACUAUUAAUACAGGUUAAGUUUCCUGACGUGAAUGAAAAGUCAUAUUUAUUGUAAAGCUUCUGCUUCCUUAUUGCAAUACUAAACACUAUAUCAUAAAAAGUAACUUAUUAAAUGUCUUGUAGCUGCAGUAGUUUCAGAUGCAUAAGCUUAACAUUUCCAGUCUGAAUCCUCAAAUUCUACUUGUUAGCUUUAAAAUUAAUCAUCUGCUUGAUGACAUUAGAAAAAUGAGAAUGAAAAUUUUUCUAAGACAUUUAAUUUGCACUGUUGUUAUGAAUAUUAGAAUGAAGUAGUGUUUUCCUUUCCCCACCGCUUGAAGUUUGUAUGUGUACUUUGAGUAUGUUUAACAGUCCAGUUCCCUCAGCUAAUUCUCUCCAUGUUCAUUUGUAAAUAGAAAAAAUUUUAAUAUAAAAGGGUAGUAGCCCACUGCUGAACAGUGGCAGAUAGGAUCAUCCCAUUUCUGUCCUCAGAUACCAUAAUGUAUGUGUUGCUUUGUGUAUUUGAAUAUCAGUAUUUUGUUUCUGAAUUUUGUUGGUGGGGAAGAAGUUUAUUUUGUAAGUCAGAGCUAGUGAAUGAAUCAGGAAAUUCCAUAAAGGUGUUAGAGCCUUUUUAUUUUAAGGGCAUGUUAAACAGUCUAUAUGCAGAUUUUUUUUUCUUCUUUCAAGAUAGUUGGUUGUUUUACUGUUGCAGAGUAUUAAAAAAUUCAUUUGACAAGGCAUUUGUAAUAAUUAAUUUGUGGUUUGCUUUAAAGAUACAUGUUCCUUAGAAAGAAUUAUUUUGGAGAACAACUAGAAAGCACUCUUACUUAAACUAUCCCUAGGAUUUGUCAGAUUACAGGACAGUAAAAUUGGGUUAAUGAUGCUAAUGAAAUCUUAAGUAGUCAUUUAAGUUGGUGCAGUUAGCUUUUGCCAAAAUUGUCAUAUUGAUGAUAGCUUUACAUGUAGUUCAAGGAAAUGAGUAACAGAUAAAUGAUCAUCCCAAGCCACUAGAAUUAAAGAGGUUGUCACCUUUCCACUGCCCUCCAUAUUUGGGAGUAUUCAUUUUAAACCAGACCACAUAAUAUUUGGUAUAUUUAGCAUUUUUAUUUUAGAAAUAUCCUGGCUUCCACAGUACUGUUCCUUAGUUAUCUUUGAAAUAAAUCACAAAAUUAACAUUGUGGCAGCUUGAAAAGCUGAUUCUGCAUGAAAUCAUUGGUAGUAUAGAGCUGAAAAUGUAAUUUUUUUUUUUGCUUCUGAAUUUGAAAAAUGUAUUGAAACUGUUUACAGUUAUGGCGUAAAUGAAUUCUUGAAGACACACUGCUAUGAUGUUGAAUAUGACUUUUAUAAAAGAACAGUAUGUAGAAAUAAGUGUGGCUUGGAUGAUAGCAGUGAGAUUGCCUAAAACUUAGUUUAUUUUUUAAUAAGGAGCUUCAGUUUAGGAGACCCUCUUUAAUCAUUUUUCUAAAAGAAACUUAAUUGGCUACUUCAUUCUCUACUAAAAAAUGGAUUUCAGUCUGGGUUGCAGUGUUUGUAGGCUUUUAGUUCAGCGUUGCCUGUAAUAUCUAGAAUAAUAAAUUCUUUGUCUUCCCUGAUUUCAUUAUUUUACCAAAGAAAUUAAGAGACCAAAUAUGAUUUUCAAAUUAUCUGGGAUUUGUACAAUUCCCCCUUCCCUUUUUUUUUAAUCUGGAAAAAAUGAAACUGAAUAGAUUCUUUAAAAUGUAGAUUAUCUGUAGAUACAUUACACUUGGGAGUCUGGGUAGAAUUCUUAGAAGUUUCCAUUCUUUGUCUUUACUUGAAAUAAGUUGAAUUUUGUCAUUAUUCUAGUGGUAAUUUCUAUUAAUUUUAAGAUAACAAAAUAUAUAAAAAAGAAAGUAUAAUUGUAUACAUUAAAUGCAUAAAGAAAGAAUUAGAAAUAUUUUUCAUAAGAAAAUCAUAUAGAAGGAAAAGCCAUUUUCAACAAAAGAUACUAAAUACAUAUAAGUUCAUUUGUUAUUGCUUAAUGAAGACAUUUUCUCAUGGCACAUGUAGUGUGACAUGUUUCUAUGUCUUUUCACCAAUUUAUGUAGGAGAUUAAAGAUCCUACAAUAUGCCAGUAUUGAAUAAAACAAUUUAAAAAUCAGUAAGUCAUCCUCAGACUAAGAGGUAGAGUAGAUGGACCUGACAGCUGAGGAACAGUAUAACCCUAGGCCUGUCACUUAGCUUUGCUUCUCAAUGCCCUAGGCAGCUCGCUACUAGUUAGGGAGAUAGUUCAUCAUCAUCCUCCAAUGAGGUUUUCACACCUCAUCACUACACUGAUGAAAUCAGAUCUGGACCAAAAAACACUUUACAACAUGUGACAUGCCACAAAGAAAAGGUACAGAAACAGACCUCUUUGAAUUAGCACACUCAGACAUUUCUGCUAGAUUUGUUUGUGGCAUGUGAGAAAUGUAAUUGGUAAAAUGGGGUUAUUUCUUCACCUAUAAUCUGUAUGAGUAAUCACUCAGGAUGUUUUUUUUCUUUGCAGUUAUCUUGGGCUAAGAACUAGUAAGAGUAUUUAUGUGUAAUGUGAGUUUAUUGGGAAUAUCACUCCUAAAUAUGCCAUUUUAACUUGUUUUAUUAAAAAUAAGAAAUGUGAUUAAGAAAGAUGCUCUACUCAGUCACUUUUUCAUACUGUUCUCCCUUAACAAAGAGAUUAGAAAAAUAAUGUUUUGGUUAGUUUAACCAGACCGUUUUGAAAACUAUAAAUAGAUUUGUUUUCUAGACAUUAGGAGGGUAUUUUUUUUAAGUUUUAUUAAGAAAACUAUACUGAGAGGUAUGCCCCCAUGUGGUCUUUUUAACAUUUGUAAUAAAUUCAUAUACUUUACAAUGAAUCUUUUUGAUUCUUAUCCUUGAAAUUAUACUGGAUUUACAUUCAGUUUGACUAGCUAAGAGAUACAAUCUUUAAUGGUUAAAAGAUUAUUUUCAUACUUGUUUCUCAUGCUAGUUUGGCUCUUCUGAGCUAAGGUUUCUGAAGGACUUUUAUGACUUUGGCAUUGUAUAGUCUUUGCUGUCAUAAUACAAAAGGAAGCAGUAAAUGAAAAGAUGUGGACCAUGUAAAACAACCCUUAUUUUUCACCAGCAUUAAAUUGAUGGUUGCACUAGGCUGCCCAAGUAUUUAAGAUUUAUUGCUGGUGAAAGUUUAAACAAGAUAAGUAUAUAAAAAAUGAGAUCUGUACUGCGUGAUGUCCCUUAACCUAGGACCAGUAAAAAUCUUCAUUCUUUUAGAGCUGAGGGUGACACACACAUUGAAGAUCAUGUGCAUGUAAGCCAUUACUUUAAUAACUGUCUUACUGAAACUGGUUAAUGCUAUUGACUGUUGUUGAAAUGUGAAAUAUAUUUACUGUUGACCUUGUAAAUAUCUGCCAGAGAUGAAAAAAUAUUUUAAGUCAUUGUAAAUAAAGAUGUAAAAAGUUGAUUAUCAAUCUGCCAAGCAGAAAAGAAUAUCUAAAAAUGUUAAAUAAAUAUUGUGUUUCUGGAUA